AUGACCUCCCAUGAUGAGCGCAUCAGCGAAUUCUGUAGCAUCACAGGCGUUUCGCCCCAGGAGGCCGCUCAUCACCUCGCAGCAGCCGACUGGGACAACAACGUGGCCGUAGCAGCCUUCUUCCAGAGACUGGAGGCUGAAGAGGGACAGAACGAGCCCAGCGCGACACCUGCGGCACCUGCACCAGCCGAGCCAGCAUACACCGGACCGCGGACGUUGGAUGGUCGGCCGGCGCCGUCGUCUAUCAUGCCGGGCGGCGGCAGCAGCAGCCAGUCGUCCAAAGCGUCGACGAAGAGAGCGCAAAAGAAAAAGGGCGUCAUGACGUUGAGCUCGCUCAAGGGAGGGGGAAGCGGCCACGACCACGAGGAUGAGGACGAGGAAGAAGACGAGGAAGACGAGACGACCGGGCGGGGCGACCUGUUUGCCGGCGGCGAGAAGUCGGGUCUGGCCGUGCAGGACCCGAAUGCGGGUGGCCAUGCGAACGAUGCCCAGAAAAUGAUCCGCGACAUUCUGGCCAAGGCCAAAGCAAACACGCCGAGAACGGCGCACAAUACAGCCGACGGGCCGGCCGAAGCGUCGUCCUCGCGGUCUUGGGGCUCUGGACAGACACUGGGCGGCGAAGGGCAAGAGUCCCGGUCGGUACCAGACUCGUCCGGACGGUCGGCCACAGCGGCCGUCGCAGCAGCAGCAGCAGCAGCAGGGUCGGCGUCUCCUUCCGGCGCCGGUGCCGGCGAAGCGGUCCAGGAACGCAUGCUGCACAUCUGGCAGGACGGCUUCAGCAUCGACGACGGACCGCUGCACCGGUUUGAUGACCCGGCCAACGCGGCCGAUCUGCAGAUGAUCCGCCAGGGCCGGGCGCCGCUGCACCUCAUGAACGUCCAGCUCGGCCAGCCCGUCGAUGUGAAGCUGCAUCAGCACGAGGAGAAGUGGCACCAACCGCCCCGCGUCUACCGGCCCUUUUCCGGCGAGGGUCGGCGGCUGGGCAGCCCCGUACCGGGAGCGGCUUCUGCACCGAUCAGCACGGCCACCAUCGCGACGACCACAACCACGGCCACGACCACGACGGCUCAGUCGAGCACGGCUGCUCCGGCUGCCGACGCGUCACAGCCAACAGUGAUGAUCCGCGUGGCCUUGCCGGACGGCACGCGGCUGCCGGCGCGGUUCAACACGACACAGACGAUCGGAGACGUGUACGCGUUUGUGGAGCGGGCACUGCCGGCAGCGCAGACGGCCGGGCGGUCCUGGGUGCUGGCCACGUUCCCAAGCAUGGAACACACGGACCGGAGCCUCGUGCUGGGCGAGACGGCCGAGUUCAAGCGCGGCGGCGCGGCCAUGGUGAAAUGGGUGUAG